AUGGCCAACUCGCAAUCAUUAGCCGUGGGGCUCGCAGUUGGUAUCCCUUCGUUUUUAAUCAUAGUUGUUGUGGUUGUAUUUUGGUACCGUAAUAACAAGAAACAAACAAAAGAAGAUUUAGAAGUUGAUGCUAUUGACUUGGAAUUACGAGAAGAUCAAUCGUUCCGACAAUUCCAUGAAGAGUUGCAUCAACCAUAUGUCAAAGAAAAAGCCAGCAGCACAUUAAUAUAUGAAAAAGCUGUUGUUGAAUCGGGAUCUUCUGCUAGCGAAGUAAGUCCUAAUCAAACUAAACCUACUGCUUAUGACUUCUAUGAAACUUUUAUUCCCAUGUUACCACCAAACCAACCAUACACUAAUAACAACACUCAUAAAACCCAUACACCUCGAGCAUCAUCUACAGAUUUAAUUAAUGUUCCUACAAGUCCCGAUGUAUCCGUAAGUGAAACAUCUUCUACGAUUGAUAUAUUGGCUAAACAACUUCAUCAACCCGAGUUUUUCGAAAAAUUACCCAGUAAAGCUGCUAAAAUCCAAUUGAAACCAAGAAACCCCAUGGUACAAAGUAAUAAUUCAAGUACCGAUAUGAUCAAUAAUUAUUUGGUUAGUGAAACCAGAGGAAUUAAUGAUCAUUUCACUUAUGAAGCUACUGCCGUCGAUAUAGCGAACGAACGAAGAGAGCAAGGAAGUGAGUGA